UCCAUCACAGACUCAAGUGACAUUUGAAAUUAAAAUCCAAAUAGGUAACAUAUUUAUCACAAGCAAAACAUUUAAGAAACUGGUAAAAAUCGGUAACCGGGCAUGAGUUGUUUUGUGGAAAUCGACGGCUCCUAUUUGGAAGGCGGCGGACAGGCUCUACGUAAUGCAUUAGCCUUAAGUGUUAUACUUAAUCGCCCAGUGCGUGUGAUCAAAAUACGUGCCAAUCGCCCCAAGCCGGGUCUAUCACAUCAACAUCUCCAUGGCGUCAAUUUGCUGCGGGACAUCUCCAAUGCUGAGGUGAAGGGUAAUGUGCUGCACUCCACCGAGCUGACAUUCACACCGCACACAAUCAUUGGCUCUAUGUACAAGGUGGACACACGAACCGCUGCGAGCAUUACGCUUGUUUACCAGAUGGUAAUGCCGGUGCUGUUGUUCGCUGGCACCACAUCACGGAUUGAUGUGAUGGGCGGGACAAAUGUCUCGUAUUCUCCGCAGGUGGAAUAUAUGCAGCAAGUGCUGUUGCCCAAUUUGAAGCGUUUUGGCGUUAAUUUCGAUCUGAAGGUGUUGCACUAUGGAUUUUAUCCACGUGGCAAUGGACGCUGCGUACUCGAAGUGGCACCGGUGCGUUCCCUAAAUGCUGUUCAAAUAAAUGACUUCGGCCAGUUCCGUGCCGUCAGGGGCUCUGCCUACUAUUCCGGCCGGCUGCCCAAGUGCAUUGCCUUCGAUAUGCAGCAUUCGGCUGAACGUGAAAUACAUCGCUUGUGGCCGGACCAUGAGUGCACCAUACAUGUGUUCAAGCAUCCACCAGACAAAGUCCGUGACAAUGGAGCUGGCAUCAUAUUGACUGCAGUGACCAGCACUGGCUGCAUCAUGGGUGUAGCCACAGUGGGUGAGAAGAAUAUUGAUGGGCACAUGAUUGGAUCCAAUUCCUCUUGCGAAUUGGCUGGCUACAUAAAGAAUGACAUAUGUGUGGACGCUCACAUGCAGGAUCAGCUAAUCAUCUAUAUGGCAUUGGCCAAGGGCUGUUCAAGUAUUCGUUCUGGGGCUCUAACCAAGCACACACGGACCGCUAUCUAUGUGGCCGAGCUAAUGGCUGGGGUCAAAUUCAAUAUUGAAUAUAAGAAUCUCGGACUGACGCUGAUCUCAUGCGAAGGCAUAGGGCACUGCAAUGCAUAUAUGUAACAUGUCUAUACACACAAAUACGCACCAAAACAUACAUACAUAAACACACACGCACACACA